ACAACCCAAAGAAAAAUAUCCAUGGCAGAACAACAAACAAUCUGAACCCACCACAACUGAAGCCUCACUUCCUUAGCCAAAUAAUGAAAGAUUUCGUCGUCAUCCUUGGCAGUUCCUCCAUUCCCAACUCUCCGCCACCGCCCAAUCUCCGCCACCGCCACCACUCUUCACCUAACAAAAUCAACUCGUCUUUCCACAAGCUUUCUCCUUCCGAAAAUCAACCUCAACCCAUCUCUUCUUCAGUCCCCACCUCCCAUUCUCAUCAACACCCUUACCCUCCCCUCUCCUCCACCGUCCGAUGGAACCCCUCUUCCCGCCGCGACUUCCCGCUCAAGUACUACGCGGACCUUGCCUCGAAGCUGGCGGAGGAUGGCCGUCUCGAGGACUUUGCAAUGACGGCGGAUAUGGUCGUUGCUUCAGGUGUUAAUGCUUUGCGUUUUGCUUCUAUGUUGAGUGUUGAGAUUGUUUCUAAAGGGGUUGCUUUGAGUGUUCGAGAAGGGAAAGUUAAAAACGUCGUUGAAGUGUUUAAGAAAGUUGAGAAGCUUGGGGUUGCUCCUCUGAAAUUAGUUAAUGGCAUUGGUUUGGAUUCUUUGAAAAGGGAAUUUCAAAGGAUUUUGGGUUCUGGUGAAGUGGAGGAAGCUGUUGAUUUGUUGGAGGCUCUAAGAGGUUUUCAAUUCACAAUCAAGGAAUUAGUGAAUCCAUCACACAUUGUAAAAAUCUGUGUUGAUAAGAGAAACCCAAAUCUGGCAAUAAGGUAUGCUUGCCUACUGCCACAUGCACGUAUAAUGUUCUGUAGCAUUAUAUGUGAAUUUGGAAAGAGGAGGGAUUUGGCAUCUGCAUUGACAGCAUAUGAAUUGUCCAAGAACAUGAGUGGUCCUAAUAUGUAUCUAUACCGUGCUAUAAUCGACACUUGUGGUCUCUGUGGUGAUUACAUGAAAUCUAGAAAUAUCUACCAGGAGGACUUAGUCAAUCAAAGGGUCUCUCCCAAUAUAUAUGUAUUCAACAGUCUCAUGAAUGUCAAUGCUCAUGAUCUGGGAUACACAUUAGAUGUUUACAAGGACAUGCAAAAUCUUGGUAUCGCAGCAGAUACGGCAUGUUAUAACAUCCUUUUAAAGGCAUGCUGCCUGGCUCACAGAGUUGAUUUGGCGCAAGAUAUUUACAAUGAAGUGAAGCAUCUAGAGUCAACAGGAGUGUUGAAGUUGGAUGCCUUUACUUAUUGCACGAUCGUUAAGGUCUUUGCAGAUGCAAGGUUAUGGCAAAAGGCACUGAAAAUUAAAGAAGAUAUGAUAUCAGCUGGGGUUACCCCUAACACAGUUACAUGGUCAUCAUUGAUCAACUCAUGUGCCAAUGCAGGUCUAGUUGUACAGGCAUUUCAAUUAUUUGAAGAGAUGAUUCUCUCUAGAUGUGAACCUAAUUCACAAUGUUGCAACGUUCUUCUACAUGCCUGUGUCGAGGCUAGCCAGUAUGACCGGGCUUUUCGCCUUUUCCGCUCCUGGAUGGGAGGCCAGGAGGGCAAUAUAGAUAGUACGUUAAAGCAAGUAAACAAUGGAACUUCAGUUUCUACUGUGUCAAACCACAUAACUAAUUCACAUCAUCAUAGUUUUUUGAAAAAGUUUUCUUUCAAACCUACGACAGCAACAUAUAAUAUUUUAAUGAAGGCAUGUUGUACUGACUACUAUCGUGCAAAAGCGAUAAUGGAUGAGAUGAAGUCUCUUGGCCUUUCACCAAACCAUGUAAGCUGGACGACUUUGAUCAAUAUAUGUGGGGGUUCAGGCAAUGUAGAAGGUGCAGUUCAGAUCUUGAAAACAAUGCAUAUGACUGGAAUUAAACCGGAUGUUGUCGCAUAUACAACAGCAAUGAAGGUUUGUGUGGAAGGGAAAAGGUUGAAGUUAGCUUUUUCAUUAUUUGAAGAAAUGAAGAGAUAUCGUGUUCAACCUAAUUUGGUAACGUAUAAUACACUUUUGAGAGCCCGUAGCAAAUACGGUUCCUUACAUGAAGUACAGCAGUGCCUAGCUGUGUAUCAGGAAAUGCGAAAAGCAGGGUACGAAUCCAAUGACAUUUAUCUCAAGGAACUCAUUGAAGAAUGGUGUGAAGGUGUAAUAAAAGAAAACAACCAGAAACAAGAAGGGUUAAGUGCCUGCAAAAGAACUGACCUGGAAAGACCUCACGGUCUACUGCUUGAAAAGAUUGCAGUGCACCUGCAGAUGAGUACAACAGAAAGCCCGGCUAUUGACAUUCGCAGACUUACAAAGGUUGAAGCUCGGAUAGUUGUUCUUGCUGUUUUGCGAAUGAUCAAAGAGAACUACAUCCAAGGGCAUUCAGUAAAAGAUGAUAUGUUGAUAAUCCUAGGAGUCGGUGAAAGGUAUGAGGAAGCAGCCAAUGUAAUAAUAUCCGGGGUGAAAGAUGCAGUAAUGAAACUUCUGCAGGACGAAUUGGGGCUUGAGGUACUACCGGUUGAACCUCGAGUUAAAAAGGACAGAUGGGUAGAUUUGCAGGCUCCUAUUGAUGCAAAUACGGUUUUAUUAGAAGCAGCUGAAAAUAACAGUUUAUCAGAAAAGCCCUUAUCUUCUACCAGGAGACCUGUGAUUCUGCAAAGGUUAAAAGUUACAAGGAAAUCAUUGAAUCGUUGGCUCCAGAGAAGGGCAGAUUUUAUUACGUGAGUGUUUAUGUAUUAACCUCAAUUUUGUGCAUUAUUUUUUCUACAAUAAUUUUUUAAAUAGAUCUAAAAGAGAACAAGAGAGUCACUGUACAAGUAUUGUAAGAUUGAAGAUGAGGUCAACCGUAUAGAUGUUGUAUGACCGAAUUUAACUCAAAAUUUUAUGAAAUAAAAUGAGGUUAUUUUAUUUG